AUGGGGCCCUGUGAUUUCUGAUGGCGGUCCUGGCAGCAAUAAAAUGCCUCCUUAGCUUUCUUUCUUCUUUAAUGGGUAACAGAUAAUAAUAGCAGCAAGGGAGAGAAAGUGAGGGAUUAAAGUUGUUGGAGGGGGGGAGACGUAUUUGAGGAUGAUGAUGAGAGAGACAAUAGCAGUGAGUGGAAGGAGCUGAUUCUAUACACACACACUAUAUGAAUAACACUGAAAUCUAGGACGUCCCUGGAAAGCCCGAGUCUAUAAAUAUGCACGGAUUCUCUAUUCCUCGGGAGGCUUCUCCGAGCUCCGGCUACAAAAUCCACCCAGAGGAAUUUCUCUUCCUUCCCCGCGUCACUUGCGACUAGAAUUAGCGGCUGAAUAAAGCGCAGCGCGAAUACGCACUGUCUGCAGACUGGAUUGAUGGAGGAUACGCGGCAUCCUACAGGCAGAACAUCCCUAAUUUGUCCUGAGGGGGGUGACCUGUCUGUGAAAUCCCCUCCUCUUCUCUGUCUGCUCACAGGCUCCUGUCGGAGGGGAUUGGACUGAGCUCCUUGUUCUAAUCAUGGGAACUGGAUAAACGCUCACAUCCACCUCUCUGAGCUCCCAAAAAUCCAUCAGCGCUUUGGAUCUCACUGACUGUGAACAACGACAAACAGCUGCACAUUCUACGCUCCAGGCUGCCGGCAACUUUCUCUCAUUGUCAUUUCAACUUGCAGCGACACAAUGACCCUUUCUUCUUCUCCCUGAGACUUUGUCGCGCAGUGUCGCACGCAUGGCUGUACAAGGAGCAGGCUAGCGACACUCACUUCUUCUCGGUGGUUUUUGGAAGAAAGAAAACUUUGGUUAAAAAAAAAAAACAACAAACUGGAAUUUCUCAGUCUUUGUUUGGAACGUGAGUUGAGAAGGUGGAUCAUGUUACCUACAAUGUGCGUCCAGAUGAUGAUGAUGAUGCCUUUUCUACUGCUGCUGCUUCUUCCUCUAGAGAUGUGCUCAGCAACAGAUGGAAUCCACCUUCAGCCCUAUAUGCCCAAUGUGUGUUCAGUGAAAGAGCCGUCCAUAGCAGCCCACAAGCAACCUGUGAUCCAAGCCUUCAGUCGCAUGGUCAAAGUAUGGAAGCAGGGAUGUGCGGGGCAGGUGUGGUGCGUUGGCUAUGAGAGAAGGACGGCAUACUACAUCACGUAUAGAACAGUUUACAGUAUGGAUUAUAAGAGCGUGAACAAGUGCUGCCCGGGAUGGAGCCAACGCAAUGGCGAAACGGGCUGUCAUUACAUGGCCUGCACCACUGGCGUUUGUUUUAAUGGAGGGAACUGCGCUGAUGGAUCCUCUCAGCAGUGUUUUUGUCCAGCGGGAUUUCAGGGGCCACGCUGCCAGUAUGAUGUCAAUGAAUGUGAGAACAAUAAUGGCGGAUGUGACGUGCAGUGUUGCAAUACGAUUGGCAGCUUCUACUGCAAAUGUUCUGAUGGCCACAGCCUAAAAGAAGAUGGGAAGACCUGUCAAGAUGUUGACGAGUGCCAAACCCAUAAUGGAGGCUGCCAGCAGAAAUGUGUCAACACCCCAGGGUCGUAUCACUGUGAGUGCAAACCAGGCUUCCGUCUGCACAUAGACAGCAGGUCAUGCAUACCUGUGUUCUCUUGCUCUGUUGCCAAUGGAGGCUGUGAACAUGACUGUGUGCAGGUUACAGUGGCGCACUACCAAUGUCGUUGUCGGCACAAUUAUCAGCUGAAAGAAGAUGGCAAGCACUGUGAAUUGACCAACCCGUGUUCAUCCAGAAAUGGGGGCUGCAUGCACCAGUGCAACAACGAUGGGGGACUUGUAAGGUGUUCGUGUCACCCAGGAUAUAAACUAUCAGCGGAUGGCAAGUCGUGUGAAGACAUUAAUGAAUGUUUGACUGGCUUGGCCAUGUGUGCACACAGCUGUCUCAACACUCGAGGCUCCUUCCAUUGUGGCUGCAGUCCUGGUUAUGAAUUGGGAGCUGAUGGAAAACAAUGUUACAGGAUCGAGAUGGAGAUUAUUAAUAGCUGUGAAAUCAACAAUGGAGGAUGUUCCCAUCAGUGCAAACACAUCAAUGCUGGUCCUCUGUGCCUCUGCCCCCAAGGGUUUGAGUUAGAUUUGGACGGAAAAACCUGUAUAGACACAGAUGAGUGCACAAAUGGGGCAUCAUGCUGUCAGCAAGAGUGUUCUAAUAACCCUGGGGGUUAUGAGUGUCUGUGCUACCCAGGCUAUAGACUCAACCCAGAUGGAUGUGGAUGUGAUGAUGUGGAUGAGUGCUCCUUGAAUAAUGGAGGUUGUGAACAGCUGUGUGAAAACCUGAUUGGUUCCUUCCAGUGUAGCUGUUCACCUGGGUAUAGACUGGAUGGAGACAGUAAAAGUUGUGUUGCCAUUACUAACCAAGUGGAUCCUGAUCAACGUCCUAUUGUUCGCUCUCUUCCACAAGUCACUUUACUGAGGGAUGAAUUUGCUCAAUUUUUUGAUGACGACUAUGAUGAUGAGGAAGCAGAAGCCAGGGGAGAACAUACCCUCUCAGAAUCAUUUGUUUGUUUUGGUGGCAGCUUUGGCCCUGACUGUACACUAACCUGUGAUGAUUGCAAGAAUAGAGGCACAUGUAAUGAUGAGGAAGAUGGCUGUGUGUGUCAGGAGGGCUGGACAGGACUUAUAUGUAACCAAACUUGCCCUGAAGGAACUUUUGGUCAGAAUUGUAGCCUCAAAUGUAACUGUAAGAAUGGAGCCACCUGUGACCCUAUUACUGGCAAAUGCCGCUGUCCACAAGGAGUCAGUGGAGAAUUCUGUGAGGAAGGCUGCCCAAAAGGAUAUUAUGGAAAGACUUGCAAGAAAAAAUGUAACUGCGCCAGCAAAGGUCGUUGCCAUCGAAUCCAUGGAGCUUGUUUGUGUGACCCCGGGCUCUAUGGACGUUACUGCCAUUUAGCGUGUCCAAAGUGGACAUAUGGACCUGGCUGCUCAGAAGAAUGCCAAUGUGUGCCGAAAAACACCCUAGAGUGUGAUAAAAAGGAAGGCCUUUGCACUUGUAAACCAGGUUUCCAUGGAGAACACUGUCAGAAAAAAUGUGACGUGGGAUUUUAUGGAAUUGGUUGCAAGAGCAAGUGUAGCUGCCCACAUGGUGUACUCUGUGACCACACACAUGGGAAGUGCCAGAAACAGUGCCCAGAAGGACACCAGGGGGAUAACUGUGACCAAGAAUGCCCAGAAGGAACAUUUGGACUGAGCUGUUUAAAGACUUGUGCGUGUGGAGGUGCACCUUGUAAUCACGUCUCAGGGAUGUGCAUUUGCCCUGCUGGAAAAAUUGGGUUAGACUGUGCAAAAGAUUGCCCUGUAGGUCACUGGGGAGCUGGCUGCCAAGAGAUCUGUCCCAUGUGUGAAAACGACGGCAGUUGUAACCCAGCCACUGGAGAAUGUACAUGCGCACCAGGGUAUACUGGCAGCCUUUGCAAAGAAAUUUGUCCUGCUGGUUGGCAUGGCCAAGGGUGCCAGAUGAGAUGUGCCUGUCAGAACAAUGGCCAGUGUGACCCAAUCUCAGGAAGAUGCACAUGCCCCCCUGGAUGGACAGGCCAUAACUGCAGGAGAGCCUGUGAUGCGGGAUACUGGGGAACAGAUUGCCUCAACCCAUGUAACUGCAGCAACAGUGAUGGAAGCUGUGAUUCAGUGACUGGACAAUGCAUCUGUGAAUCAGGAUAUAUAGGGCUGAAUUGUGAUCAAAAAUGUGCCGAGGGCUGGUACGGCUCAGAUUGCAGACACCCAUGUCAGUGUGAUAAUGGUGCAGUUUGUGACCAUGUGAGUGGGGCUUGCACUUGUGCAGCAGGGUGGAGAGGAACAUUCUGUGAGCUACCAUGCCCUGAUGGCUUCUAUGGCACAGACUGUGCAAUCCACUGCCGGUGUUCCAAUGGGGCCCACUGUGAUCAUGUGACAGGAUCUUGCACUUGUCUUGCCGGUUGGACUGGCACUACAUGCAGCCAGAAAUGUCAAGAGAACAGAUAUGGAAAUAACUGCGAGGAAACUUGUAACUGCUUUAAUGGAGCCUCAUGCAACCAUAUCAAUGGGGAGUGUAUGUGCAGCCCUGGUUGGACAGGAAUCACAUGCAGGCAAGCAUGUUCGGAUGGCUAUUAUGGGUUGAAUUGCGUUCAACAGUGUAUCUGCGGAAAUGGAGGAAAAUGUGACCAUGUCAUGGGUCGGUGCAGUUGCCAGAAAGGUUGGACGGGAUUGGCUUGUGAAAUAGAAUGUACACCGGGAACAUACGGGGAUGGCUGCCUACAGAACUGCACUUGCCAAAAUGGAGGAGUUUGUGAGCGGGAGACAGGGCGUUGCAUGUGCCAUGCAGGCUGGACUGGGGAGCUAUGUCAAACAGCAUGUCCGGCUGGAACAUUUGGAGUGAAGUGUGCAGAGAGGUGCAACUGCCGCCAUGGAGUUUCUUGUAACCAUAUUACAGGCAUGUGUGAUUGCUCAGCUGGAUGGAGAGGGAAACACUGUGAUAAGCCUUGUCUCCCUGGGUCCUAUGGAGAAAAAUGUGUGGAACUUUGUACUUGUCCCCAUGGAACAGCUUGUAAUCACAUCACAGGAGAAUGUGGGUGCCCACCAGGAUUUACAGGCAAUGGAUGUGACCAAACUUGCAUUCCAGGCACCUAUGGGCUAAAUUGUGAGAAAGCCUGUCAGUGUCCAGGUGAACAUCAGAACUGCCAUCCAGUGACAGGGGAAUGUGUGUGUGCACCAGGAUACCAUGGAGCAAAUUGUCAACUAAAAUGUUCAAAUGGACUUUAUGGUCCAAACUGCGAGAAACGUUGUAUGUGCAAAAAUGGCGGACACUGUGAGGCUACAACAGGAAUGUGUCACUGUCCAGCUGGUUAUGUGGGGUCUGACUGCAGCACUGUAUGUCCCUCUGGAAGGUAUGGGAAAGGAUGUGCCCAUAUCUGUCGUUGUGGUCCAAGGAGUAGCUGUAAUCAUGUGACUGGAGAAUGCAUUUGCCCCCCUGGAAGGACUGGCCAGAACUGUGGACAUUUGUGCAGUAGAAAUUAUUUUGGAAAAGACUGCAAGCACCGCUGUACUUGUAAGAAUGGUGGAAUGUGUAAUCCAGUUGAUGGUUCUUGUACCUGCGGUCUGGGUUGGCAAGGACCAACUUGCGAAGAAGGGUGCCCUGCUGGCAAAUAUGGGGCUGGCUGCCAAAUGGAGUGUUCUUGUCAGAGCAAUGGCACUUGCGACAUGGUAACAGGAGCUUGUCACUGCUUAAAGGGAUAUUAUGGAACGAAAUGUGAACAUGCCUGUCCACCUGGUUUCCAUGGAGACAACUGUGGGGAAUUAUGCACUUGUGAAAAUGGAGCAACGUGCGACCCUGUCACUGGGAUGUGUCUGUGUCCUGCAGGUUUCUAUGGAGACAAAUGCGAGAAAGGCUGUGAGAAGGGGACAUAUGGAGACAAAUGUAACAGACUUUGUGAAUGUGAAGAAAAUGCCCCUUGUGACUCUGAGACCGGAGAGUGUAUUUGUCCUCCAGGAAGAACUGGUGCCAGCUGUGAUUUAGAAUGCAGGAUCGAUCGCUUUGGCCCCAACUGCACCUUCAGCUGUGAAUGCUCGUGGAAUUCCCAAUGCAAUUCGAUGAAUGGGGGCUGCAUGUGUCUUAAUGGGUUUAUAGGACCAACUUGUCGAGAAGGUGGUCCGCCCCAGCUUACAUCAACUCUGUUCCAAACAUUACUAUAUGCAAAGUCUCAAGCACAGUCCGGAUCCUCGACUAGAUAUCUGAUAAAUGCCAGCAAGCAAAGGCCAUAAAUAGCUUGGAAUAUGUUCAUUACAUAUGGCUACAAAACCACCUAAUGACAUGCAUUCGAUUGUAACAUGCAGUUAAUGCAAACUGUACUGUGCACAAAGUGCCAAACAAACUUUGGAUGAAUUUCUAAAUAAUGACUUGACUAAAAGCAACAUGGAGAUGCACCUGAGAUUCCAUCAGCCCCCAAAAGUGAUAGAAGCACACCAAGCGCUGGCUCCUGCACCUAGAACUGAAAUGCCAAGAGGAAACACCUGCACCAUAAUUCAACAUGGCAUCUUUUAUUAAAAUGGCUUCUAUUCAGGUUUGUACUGUAGACAGUCAAGAAGUAUAGCACUGAUCUCAUUGUGACUCCCUUCUAGUCUUCUGAAAAGAUCCAUACAUAGAAAUAUCUACUACUGAGAAUUUAAAGGAGUAAGUACCAACAGAAUUGCGACUUCUUUUAUGGAAGCUAUAUAAUGUGCUUUGGUAUGUUGCUGACAUCAAGCUGGUUGGAGACUAUUCUCCAUAUAUUAGUGGGCUGGCAAUAACAGCACCCAUCGGCCAGAUGCAGCCUUCCAAUAUAUUAAGGCCCCCAGCCUUCAAUUUCCUUAUAUUCUUGUAUAAUGUAAUCAUAACAGUAUUCACAGGCCUUUGGGGAUCAUCCCACAACAUGGAAUAAGUAGGACAGAACUGCAGGAAUCCUCCUGAACUUUACCUGUUUAAACCUUGGGGCAGUUAGUAUCCAUACCAUUUUAUAUUUUUCUGUAAGGAUAAAUCAAGGAGUGUGUUUUUGUGAUAAUAUUCAAUCAGAAACCACGCAAGAAUAUUUAUUUCAAGAUUCAAAAAGGAAAGGCACAGGAAGAGGAGACCCUUUCCUCAAUGAUAACCAUAUCCUAUUGUUACACCGGUGUAAUGUUGCCAACUUGUGCUUCUUAAUUCCUAUUUACAUUUGGUUUCCAUCUGUUUGCCUGAUCAGGGAAAUAGCCGGCAUAUCUAUUUACAGUAUGUUGCAAUAUUUAGAACCUUUGAGGUGACUUUGUGGUAUCUAUGUACUGUACACGGUGUCUCAUAUGUUACAUGCCAAGCUCUGAAGGAGCUUCUUCAUGUCCAAACAUUGUCAUUAAGGCCCAGUAAGCAAACAAUAACAUCACUGCAGUAUUUACAAUAUUGAUAAUAUUUACACACAGGAAGUUCAGUCCUGAAUUACUACAAUGAGUGAACUGGAAUAACACCAAAUCUCAUAAAAGUGACUACUUGUCUAUGUAAAGACAUGUCCGGGCCUAUUUUACAUGACUUUUUUAGUUCUCCUUUAUAUUAUAUUAUUAUAUUCUGAGGACAACUUACAAUAGGUCUUUUUUGGUAUUUUUUUUUAUGUUUUUUUUUAGCUUUGGUUCAAUUGCUUUAGAAAAAAGUUCCAACUUUCUGGUUGUUAUCCAGGCCAUGGUUUGAACGACAGACUGACCAAUGAAUAGGAGAGGAACUGAACAGCAAGAUAAGUAAUAAAAAGUAAUCAAUUACAUUGUAGCCUUACAGAGCAAUAGGUUUUUUUUAGCUGCUGGGGUCAGUGACCCUCAUUUAAAAGCUGGAAGGAGGUAGAAGAGCAAAUCCAUAACUAUAAAUGAUAAAGAAAUGAAAACCAGUUGAAUAGGCUAGUCUAUAAAAUACUAAUGGUUAACUUCAAGGUGAACUAUCCCUUACAUAUUACUUUUAAUUAUAUACAAGCAAUUAUAUAGAAGCAAUCUUGAAUAAGGCAUGGCCAAAGGCUUCCUACAGUGUGGACCAAUCUUCACAUAUGAGGUCAUUUGCAUACAAAAGUACAAUGUGGAAAGUGCAAUUUUGGAUGCAGUUUGUCAUGUUCUUUCCCAUAAUUUCAUGUUGCAGAGCUGUUUUUCACUUAGUGUGUGUGUGUGUAUAAAUGUUGUCACUUCUGCAGCCCAGGGUCAAUAAUUGUGUUUGUGUGCGACUGGUGAGAUGCAAGUCAGUUGCAUGUGUAGGCUCAAUAGGCUAAGGGAAUAAAUGCAGAUUCAUUUGCACAUGUGCAGUUCAGCAUUUCAGUGCACUGCAAAACCUUGCUGCCUGAAUGAUCCCAUUGCUUUCAAUGGAUUAAAUAAGAUGUUGGAGAGAAGAACACAGAACUGUAAGUACAGUAGAACCCCCAUUUUACGUUUUUCAGGGGACCAGGAAAAUAUUAUGUAAAGUCCGGGAAAAUGUAAAA